GGGUAGGCCCAGUAGGGUAGGAGGGACCUGAGUGACGAUGAGAGAGCGAGAUAAGAGACAGAUGUAGAGAGAGAGGGAGCAGAGAGAGAGAGAGGGGUGAGCGGUGCACACACAUCACUAUCAACUGAAUUUAUAUUAGCAAAAUACCUCUGUUAUUCUAAGCAUGGAAGGCAAGUUUUUAUCGUCCCCAAAACAAUCUGAACGCAAGCCGUCAUGAUUGGGGGAUCAGCCAGAUUCCUUGAAAAGUGCUUGUUCGCUGUUUCGGGGGACUCCAACGGAAAAACUCGGUGCUGUCUCUGCUGCCUCAAGUCCUGCUCUCCCGCUCUAAUGCCUUGCCCAAGGUUUUGAGAAGCGCUGAGGUGAGUCGUAGGUUGUUGAGCUGCCUGACGAGGAAUAGGAGAAAAUUACGGACAGAUCAGAAAACUGUUUCCCGAACUCAGGCAGCAUGCUGUCCGGUAUAGCUACGGAUGGCAGGGCGCUCGGAACCGAUUCGCACAAACAAUACCGAAUGACGCUGGGUCAAGGCAAAGCGAUAAAGAAAAAGUUUAACAUGAUGAAGGGGCAAUAAACGGAUACGGACAAAGCCUCAUCUAAGGUCUCUGGAUCCAAAUGUCACCCCCCCUGGACGCUGCCCCAGGCGGGGACCAGCAGUGUGUGACGGUGACGGGUGGGUGGCGAGGAGAGGAGAGGAGGAGGCCACAAACACAUCGGCUUUCUGCUGCGAUUCUGCACUAAAUUGGCCCAGGCUGUGUCCUGUCCUGUGAGGACAAGCAGAGAGUGCUCUGGUCUGAUCUCUCAGCAUGAAUGGAGUCAGAGUCAACUUCACUUAGAGGACCUGCUCUUCCUAAUGAGACCGCUGUCUCUCUUAAAGUUGAGGACUAAUCAAUUACAGGGAGAUUAAGCCUAACCCUACGGCUUCUUGUUCUACUGCCCCGUGAAGAAGAGGUGAACUCAGCAUUAUCAAACUCUUUUAGUGGACUGUUUUUUUUGUCGUCUCUUUUGGUGGAUUUACUUCAAUACUUUCAAUACUUUUCCCUUUUUUUUCAUAAUUUUUGUGGUGCGUUGCUUUUUAAUUUCUCCAACCCAAGGACAUUCCCCUCCUGAUUUUACACUAUGGAGUUUCAGGCUGGGCUGUGGAAUAAAGAUUGGGGUUCAUUUCUGCGUUUCUGGUUGACAGUCAUCCUGAGCCUCAAUGUGCACUUCAGCUGCCCUGCCACCUCGUGCCCAGAAGAGUGCCGCUGCGACAAAACCUUUGUUUACUGCAACGAGCGGAGCCUGACGUCUGUGCCUCUGGGGGUGACAGAGGGCUACAAGAUUCUCUACCUCCACAACAACCAGAUCAACAAUGCAGGGUUCCCAUGGGAACUACACAACGUGGCGUCCGUGGAGACAGUGUAUCUCUACGGCAACCAGUUGGACGAGUUCCCCAUCAACCUGCCUAAGAACAUCCGGGUGCUCCACCUGCAAGAGAACAACAUCCAGACCAUCUCCAGGGCUGCCUUAGCCCAACUGCCCCGCUUAGAGGAGCUCCACCUGGACGAUAACUCCAUCUCUACGGUUGGGGUGGAGGAGGGGGCGUUCCGGGAUGCUGUCAGCCUCAAGCUGCUCUUCCUCACCAAGAACCACCUGAGCAGUGUCCCCAUUGGUCUCCCAGAGGACCUCACAGAGCUGCGAUUAGACGAGAACCGUAUCGCGGUCAUUGCUGAGGAGGCGUUCCAGAACGUGACGCGGCUACAGCGCCUCCUGUUGGAUGGCAACUUGUUGACAGACGAGGGCGUGGCCCCGGGGACGUUCCAGGAGCUGUCCAACCUCCGGGAGCUGGCGCUGGCCCGUAACUCUCUGACGUUCCCCCCACCCCUCCUCCCGACGCAGUCCCUGGUCAAGCUCAGCCUGCAGGAUAAUCAGAUGGAUCAAAUCCCAGUGACAGCCUUCUCCGGCCUCCAGAGGCUCGAGAGACUGGAUAUCUCCAAUAACCAGCUGCAGACGCUGACACAGGGGGUCUUUGACGGCCUCAUCAGCCUCAGACAGCUCACUGUUCGGAACAACCCGUGGCGCUGCGAUUGCACCGUCAAAUGGGUGGUGGUGUGGCUCAAGUCGCUGCCAGGCUCUAUCAACGUGCGCGGUUCAAUGUGCCAGAGCCCAGCGAGGGUGCGCGGCAUGGCAAUCAGAGAACUCACCCUGGAUUCUAUCCAGUGCCCAGCUGGGACGGACCUCCAGCCCGACCUCUGGCCUACCCUGCGCUCCACGCCCCCGCACCCUCAACUCCCCACCACCACCACCACCACCCUCAUUACCUCCUCCAUGACCAGCUCUAUUCCCACCUUCACAACCUCCUCCUACCCCACAUCACCCUCCCCUCCCCCUGCCAUGCCUCCCCACCCCGCUGGCCCACUGCCCCCCUAUGAGGACCCCCUACGGAUAUCCUUCCACGUGGUCAAUGCCUCCUGCAUCGAGGUAAGCUGGGCUUCCUACUUCACCGUCACAGCCUACAAGGUGACCUGGGUCAAGAUGGGCCAGAGCCUGAUGAGCGAUGUCAGCCGCGAAAGGACGGUGAGUGGGGAAAGGCGGAAGCUUAGCUUGACCAACCUGGAGCCCAGGUCGGUGUACAGGGUCUGUGUUUAUGUGCUGGACACCCUCAACUCCUACCGCCCAGGGGAGGAUACAAUAUGCUCAGACGCCAGAACCAAGUCGACCUCAUCCAGCUCCAACAACAACAACAAGGCCACAGGGUCAGAGGAAGCUCAACAGGACACCAACUCUACUCUCCUUUUGGCCGGGGUGAUAGGGGGGGCAGUCCUUGUCGUCCUGGUAAUGCUGCUGAGCCUGUUUUGUUGGCACAUGCACAAGAAGAGCCGCUCUGAAUCGUCCAAGUGGAAAUACAACCGUGGCAGGAGAAAAGACGACUACUGCGAGGCGGGGACCAAAAAGGAUAACUCUAUACUGGAAAUGACUGAGACCAGCUUUCAGAUAGUUUCCCUGAACAAUGAGCAACUUUUGAAAGGUGAUUACAGGAUUCAGCCCAUCUAUACACCCAAUGGAGGCAUCGGCUUCAGAGACUGCCACCUCAGUAACAAUAGCUUAGCCUACUGCAAGAGCAGCAACGUUCCCAGCACCGAGUUCUGCCACACGUGAUGCUUCUAACAGGAUGCCCCCACACCAGUUGUUUGAGAAAAAAAUAUACUGUACCAUAGAUAUUUCCAAGUUCUGUCUGCCAUGUAAUUUAUACUGUGGACAGUAAUGUGGAAUUCUAUCAGCUAUCUUUUUUACUCUUAGUUUAGAAGGAAUACAAAUGGUUUUCUAAUCAGUGGGAUUAAAUUACAGUAAGUGUUUUUUGCUUAACUUCGGGAUCGGUGUCCCUUCUACGGGACGGUUGAGCUAACGUAGGCUAAUGAGAUUAGCAUGAGGUUGUAAGUAACAAGACAUUUUCCCAGGACAUAGACAUAUCUGAUAUUGUCAGAAAGCUUAAUUUCUUGUUAAUCUAACUGUACUAUCCAAUUUCCAGUAGCUAUUACAGUGAAAGAAUACCAUGCUAUUGUUUGAGGAGAGUGCACAAUUUUGAACAUGAAAAGUUAUUAAUAAACAAAUUAGGCACAUUUGGGCAGUCUUGAUACAACAUUUUGAACAGAAAUGCAAUGGGUCAUUGGAUCAGUCUGAAACGUUGCACAUACACUGCUUCAAUCUAAUAGCCAAAAUCUAAAUUGCACCUGGGCUGGAAUAAUACAUUAUGUCCUUUCUCUUGCAUUUCAAAGAUGAUGGUACAAAAAAAUACAAAAGAACGGUUGUUUUUUUCUUUGUAUCAUCUUUUACCACAUAUAUUGUGUUAUAUUCUCCUACAUUCCUUUCACAUUUCCACAAACUUCAAAGUGUUUCCUUUCAAAUGGUACCAAUAAUAUGCAUAUCUUUGCAUCAGGGCCUGAGCUACAGGCAGUUAGAUUUGGGUAUGUCAUUUUAGGCGAACAUUUAAAAAAAUAUAUUUGUCAGAUCCUUAAUUUGAAGUACUGUAUAUAGGAAUUUGUACCAUUACGACACACUGGGUUGGUUCUGACAAACGCUGCCCUGUCUGUCAGGUUUUGGGUUGUUGGGUGCUAUGAGGGAUGGGAUUCUUUGCUAACCACAGGAGCUAAAUGAUGGUCUUUGUGCAGAGCCACCCCCUCAGAAACAUUAGUUACGAUAACACAGUGGUCAGGGACAUAGUAACACUGCUGAUUAGACUGCAGUGGAGAAUAGGCACUGCUGGUGUUUUUUUUAAGAAUCAAAGUGCACUUUCUAAUGUAACAGAGAGAGUAAGCAGCCAUCCAGGAAAUUAGCUUUUUGUGGAAAUCCCAUCAAAGAGGAAGCGCAUACUUUUCAACACCCCCUAUUGCCGUCACAAGACAAAGUGAACAUGUAUGAAUGUGGUAGGGAGGGAUAAUGCCUUCACAGGACUAAGUGAACACAUCUGAAUGUGGUAGGGAGGGAUAAUGCCUUCACAAGACAAAGUGAACAUGUAUGAAUGUGGUAGGGAGGGAUAAUGCCUUCACAGGACUAAGUGAACACAUCUGAAUGUGGUAGGGAGGGAUAAUGCCUUCACAGGACUAAGUGAACACAUCUGAAUGUGGUAGGGAGGGAUAAUGCCUUCACAGGACUAAGUGAACACAUCUGAAUGUGGUAGGGAGGGAUACUGCCUUCACAGGACUAAGUGAACACAUCUGAAUGUGGUAGGGAGGGAUAAUGCCUUCACAGGACUAAGUGAACACAUCUGAAUGUGGUAGGCAGUGAGAAUGCCUUCACAGGACUAAGUGAACACAUCUGAAUGUGGUAGGGAGGGAUAAUGCCUUCACAGGACUAAGUGAACACAUGUGAAUGUGGUAGGCAGUGAGAAUGCCUUCACAGGACUAAGUGAACACAUCUGAAUGUGGUAGGGAGGGAUAAUGUCUUCACGGGACUAAGUGAACACAUCUGAAUGUGGUAGGUAGGGAAAAUGCUUUCACAGGACUAAGUGAACACAUCUGAAUGUGGUAGGGAGGGAUAAUGCCUUCACAGGACUAAGAGAACACAUCUGAAUGUGGUAGGUAGGGAGAAUGCCUUCACAGGACUAAGAGAACACAUCUGAAUGUGGUAGGCAGGGAGAUUGCCUUCACAGGACUAAGUGAACACUGAAUGUGGUAGGCAGGGAGAAUGCCUUCACAGGACUAAGUGAACAUGUAUGAAUGUGGUAGGCAGGGAGCAGUGGAGUCUGCUGAGGGGAGAACGGCUCAUAAUAAUGGCCAGAUGGAGCAAAUGGAAUGGUGUCAAACACCUGGAAACCAUGUGUUUUAUGUAUUUAAUACCAUUCCACCUCAUACCAUUACCAUGAGCCCAUCCUCCAAAUGAAGUUGCCACCAACCUAUGGCAGGGAGGGAGACUGCUUUGACAACUGGAUAUAGAUUGUCCUUCAGUGACACAGGAUGUAGUACCAGCUGUGGCCACUAGGGGGAAUGUUCUCUCAGUCAGUAUAGAGGGGUAAGCGAGAGAGUUAGCAGUAAAGAUCCUCUAGCUUCAGCAAUCCCUCCAGCAACCAUAACUCAUGGUUGUCACUAAUUACCACAGCCACAAAGUCAAAAUGGCUAUAUUGUAAAGAUGAAUGAAGACAAAAAUAUGGUUAGGGUUGGGCAUAAGAAUAGCAGUGUCGUUAAGGUUAAGGUUUAGACGAGGUUUCAAAUUAGAUUUUAGGAAGAUAAAUUGUAGAAAUAGGUGGGUUUUAUACAUAAUUAUUACUUUGUGGCUGUCUUAACUAGUGACGACCGUUACUCAAUCUCAAAUGGCAUUGCUCUGAGUAUUAAUGCUCGCGGAGCUACUUAAUGAUGUGGAAUAAUUUAAAACUAACUGUCCUCAGCUUUGGGGUUCAGCGGCUAAAUUAUAUAGAUUUUUACCACAGUGUGUUAUUAUUAUAGGGGAGGCCCAUGAGGUUGUGUUGGGUAUCUUGUCUUUGCAGGGAGGUGUCUGCAGUGAUGAUGAAUGUGUAGGAGAUACACUCACAGUUAUUAUACAGUCCGCUACCUUUCUAUUUUCCUUUAUUGUUUAGUAUUUAAAUGACAAAUGUGUGAAUCUCAACGAAUGAUCAAUGUGUUUAUCUUUAAUCUGCUUUAUACUGUGUUGAUAGAAGGGGUUUCCUGCUGUAGCAUGUGAAUAAUUUCCAUUGGGAUUGGCUAUUCUAUUCAUUUAUUGAUUGAUUGGUUCAAAUGACAGAUUCACCAUCAAUUCAAAACAAUGAUAGCUAAAUCUGGAGCUGCCCCCAUACAUGAACAUGUCCUUAUCUGAUAUCCCUCAUCUUAAAGCUUCUCAGACUGCAUCGGCUCAAUUAAAAGUACUUCCGAUGCUGAGAGAGAGAGAGAGAGAGAGAGAUGCGAGCGUGCUAGCUAUCUGGCCAAAAACAGAGUGUGUCUCUAUGGAUCUACAGUAUGUGUGUAUUUUUUCAGCCUGUGUGAGUUGUGACAGAGCUCUUUUUUUCAGGCAAGCUGGCUCCAAGUUAGGAAUGCCUGGUGCCACUGAGAAGUCAUCAUUAUACACUUCUUACUCCAACUUUAUUUGCUUUGACAUGAUUUUAUUUUGCGGGCGGAGUUCAAAGGAUCCACCCCCCCCCCCCCCAACUCCUCAUAAUCCUCAUCCAAAAAAGGGAGAAAAAUAUGCAGACUUUAAAUUCCAGACUUUAUUUUCCAGACUUGGCCGUGUGAAUCACAAGUUUAGAGAGGGAGGAGGGCCAAAUGACAGGAGAUAACCCUUCACUUCACGGGGCACCAAGCCACUGGCUGAAAUACACCAUUAAACCACUGCAUUCCAAUGGUUUGGCUGGACUUUAGACCAGUGGUUCACAACGAGGGGUAUGAGGACCUUGGCCUAUCCACAGGGGUACUUGAAAAGACUCAUGAGACCAUAGGCCUACAGGGAAAAUGCACAUGAGGGGAUGCUUCAGGGGUAGCCAUGGCAGAAAAAGGUUGGGAACCACUGUCCGUGACUAAAAAUAAUUUUGGAUGGAUAUUCUAACAUUAUCAACAGUAAAGACCAUUUUAAAGGUCAAACUCUUGUUUUGUGCUGGGCUGUUCAUGGCUAGAAUCUCUGUUGUAUUGUCUGUAUUUGAAGAACUGCCAUGCCAGUGCAUGUAUUAGUGUUAAUUCCUUCAGUAUUUCCCGAAGUGGGGAGUUUAUGACGCUAUAAACACUAUGACGCCAUCAUUCAUCUUGCCGUUUAAGCUUUCAUACAUGCUUUUUGAGUCUAAUUUCCAUUCAUAAUGCAGAAACUCUUUUUUAAAAGAAAUGACAGUUGCUCUUCUGUGGUUACCAAAGUGUCUCCACAUUUUUCUACCAACGUACACAUAUCAGCGUAUCAACCUGUAUUAAAAUAUACGUCCAACUAGCCCCACUAGCGUAAGCUGACCUAAGGUCAGUUUGACACACAUUAAGUUUGACACUGCUACAUUUAGUGACCUAAGGUCAGUUUGACACUGCUACAUGGCAAGUUGCAUACAACAUCCAUCUGACAUUUACUGACCUAAGGUCAGUUUCACACUGCUGCAUGGCAAGUUGCAUACAACAUCCAUCUGACAUUUACUGACCUAAGGUCAGUUUCACACUGCUACAUGGCCCUAGUGCUUUUAACAGGUUAUUUAUCCACUGAACACUUUAACCUACCUGCCUGUAGAACAGUUAUUCUAUCUGACAAUAAUUCCAUACAGCAAAGUGUCUUUGUUUUCUUUACCAGGGAUUAGGUUUUAAAUGUAUUGUUAGUCAGUCAGGCCAACCUGUUGCAACAAGUUCCCGAAGGAACGAAUGUUCCAAGGAGUGAUAAUAGUCCGUUUAUUGCCUUACCUUUAUGCAGUACUGUACGGGCUAACUGUACUUGGUUAGUUCAAUUACUUGUUCAGAGCAGAAGCAAGGUUUAAACUAAUGAUUGAAUAGUUACUGUAUGGAAAGCACACAUGUUUAUAUUCCUGCAACAACAAAGAGAGAGUGACAGACAACAAUAGAUCUGACACAGAACUAAUGAAAGACUGUUCAUUCGUAACGACGCCUUGAGUGGUGCUGGGUAAUGAAUGAUACAAAGUGACUGAGAAGCCUUGUUGGUUAUUUGCAGCAGUACAUUACUCUUCAUUUCCUCCCUCAUGUAAAGAAAGUACACAGAUGCAAUGGCGUGACCAAUGGAAUUAGACCGAACACAUUAUAGAGAGAGAAGUGAAAAAUAGAGAGACAUACUGAAACCUCUGGUUUAUUAUUGUUUCAGGCUUUGAUAGUAAUGUCCUUAAAGCUCAUUGAUUCUCAUUGAAAUAACUAUGUUAAACCAUUGAGAGAUCAAUUCAAACAAAGUACCCAAGUGGAUAAAAUGUAAUACAUUUUAAGUUAUCUUUGUUUCGUCUCUCGUUAAUUUUCAGUUUGAGGGCAAAUCCCCCUCAUGUGAAUUACUGUCUGCAAAUUUCCAUUAUAGACUCAAAUUAAUUCAAGGAUUUGUGCAUCUAUUCACAGAAGUCUUCAGCAAACUAUUCAUGAGUUUUUGAAGUAAUUGAAUUUUCUGUGUUUUGGAUAAUCAACACUUCCCCAUACAGUUGCUGGGUUAAACUAAUUGAAAUAAUAUGAACAACGACAGGCUAUUAGUUCAUGUAUCAUUUGACAGAAGAAAGUAUGCUGAAAAUCAACCAUGCAUGUCAUUUUGCUUCUUUAGGGUGUUCUUGACUAUUAUGGCUUUUCAUUUAGACAUUGCGUUGUUUUGACUUCAACAACAUAAACCAAUAUGCUAUUUAGGAACCAAAGUACAAUUUUUGUUCUCAUGAUGAAAUCUUGUUGUUGUCCCAUGUAUGUGCCUUGAGGUUAACUUACAAUGUAAAGUUCUUGAAACCUUUAAAUGUUUUUGCACAAAAUGUAAAUAUAGAAGUGAAGAUUUUUGCAAAUAAAAGUUCCAUGGGAUUUGAUUCAU